UCGGUACACCACAGGAAACGGAAGUUUCCAAAUUGAGCAUAAUAGUCGAAGUUUUGUAAUCGCUACGUUUUGGAGUUUGCUUUUGUUUGUUUUUUUACAUGCUGUUGGGCGAACGGUGAUGUUUGAUUAGUUACACACCGGUUGGAUUAGUCUACAUACAUUAGAAUGACCAAAGAAAAGCGACACAGGAGACGGGAAUCCCCGGAGCGGGAGCCCAAAGUUAAGAUAAAGCAGGAGCAGGUGAGCCCUGUUAGGCCACAGAGAACACGCCGCUCCCGGUCCAGAUCCAGCGGCCACUCCAGUCCACAGAGGAGAAGAACCAGCAGGUCUCCCGCCAGGACAAGAGACCGUUCACCAGUUAGAAGAGAGACUUCUCCCGUCAGACGAGCAAGCAGAUCCACCAGAAACAGAAGAAGUCGCACUCCUCCACAACGUGGUGCUGAUGUCAAAAUAAAGCGGGAGCAGGAUGAGCCACGGACCAGUGGGGAGGAUAGGAGGAGAAGAAAUGAGCAGCCAGAAGAAAGGCGGAGCAGGUGGGAAACAGACAGACCACGGGAAACGGACAGACCACGGGAAACAGACAGACCGCGGGAAAUAGACAUACCGCGAGAGAGAGACCGUGGCAGAGACAGACAGCAAGAGCAAGAAGCACUUGGCUCUCAACAAGAUGAAAGACGGCAACACGAUGAGCGGCGCAGAGAAAACCGCCAGCGGCGUGAAGAAAACCAAGAACAGGAUUUUGGACAGUCUGAAGGAGGAAUUGAAGACCCAGAUGACCCGCCUCCUGACAAAGAGAAGCCCAACUUUGGACUGUCCGGGGCUCUAACGGAAGAUACCAACACAUUCCGGGGGGAGGUGAUCAAGUACAAUGAGCCACCUGAGGCUCGCAUUCCCAAGCGCAGAUGGCGACUGUACCCUUUCAAGAAUGAUGAACCCCUUCCAGUCAUGUACAUUCACAGACAGAGUGCCUAUUUGUUGGGGCGGCAGAGAAAAAUUGCUGAUAUCGCCAUUGACCACCCUUCCUGUUCCAAGCAGCAUGCAGUCUUCCAGUAUAGGCUGAUGCCGUUUACACGUGCAGACGGCACCAGUGGCCGCAGGGUGAGGCCUUACAUCAUUGACUUGGGUUCUGGCAACGGCACCUACCUGAACAACCAGCGCAUCGAAGGUCAACGCUAUUACGAGCUCAAAGAAAAAGACGUUAUCAAAUUUGGCUUCAGCAGCCGCGAGUACGUCCUCCUGCACGAGUUCUCAGACACAACCGAGGUGGACACCAAGGAGGAAGAGGAAGAUGAUGAUGAGGGCCUUGAUGAGUAAAUUGUUCUCAAAAACCCAUUUGUUCAGUUCAUUAAGGGUAGAUAACAUCUGCAUUAGUGUUCAGCAAAUGGCUGUUUUUGCAGGGAAUGGAACAAUUAAUGGAACUGGUAAAUGUUGGACUUUAUUUCAAUAAUGGAACAAGGCUGGUUUGUAUAUUCUGUAAUUACCGAACUGUUGCUUAAACCUGCCACAACUGUCUCAGAGAAGACUUCCUAUUCUCAGGUUGUUUGUGUAAUAUCUGUGUAAGCGUUACUGAUCUCACAUCUGACAGCGCUCACUAUACAAAGUGCUCGGUGCCAGAUAAAGAUUCUUGCUAAAUAAAAAAAGUUAAUUUUAUAUUUUUGGAUCACAGCACUCGUACAAAGUUUAGCAGAAGACUGAUCUCUUGUCUUUGUCCAGGCUGUAUAUAUCAAUGUACGAUACGUGGAAUGUGUUCUCUAGAUUCAUGUCAAAUAAGCAUUGCUUAUUGUCAGAGUAAAAACAUUACAGACAUUCUUGUAAUGAUGUUGCCUUUUUUGCUUUGUAGAGCAGGGGAAAACUAGUUGAUUCAGUUGUGUUUCCUUUCACCAAUACUGUGUGGAUUUACAGACUCCCUGUUUUAAUUUUUUUUAAUUUUUGAAGCCGACAGCAUUCAUAGUAAAUUUCCAUCUAUGUACUUUGAAUAAAGAUCGUGAACAUUUG